AUGGCCCGCCAGUUCCGAUUUGUGGCCGUCUCGAAUCCGACGCAAGCCCCGUCACCCGAGUCCAGGAAACAGGACUAUUCACACGCCUUUCGCCAGGCACACGCCCAGAGAAGACGCAAGCAAACGGAACGAUACAGAAAAGGGAUAUUACUAGCCAGCGGCCCGGUUAUCAAGGUCUUGCCUCAGGCCGCAUCCGAGGAAGCCCCCUUCUCGAGUCCACUGAGCCAAGUCACGGUACUCAACAAUAACAAAGACCCUUUCUCGUCCAUGGCAAGACCGCUCUCUUCGGUGGAGUAUUUCCUGCUACAUCACUACAUCCACGUAAUAAUCCCCUCCACCCUCGGCCACUGCUCCUUAUUCUCCUCCUCCUCCUCCUCCUCCGACCAUCCCUAUCCCUCUCCAGGAACAGUCGAAUCCCACAAGACCCAGCUGCUGCGGGAAUGGGUCGGCCUGGCCAUCACCGACAACGAUCUCAUGACAGCCGCCGUUCUCCUGAGCACAUGCCGCUACAUCAUCCAGCAGGUCCAGCCAGACAAAAAGCCUGUCUUUGCCAGGCUCGCGUUGCAGUACAAGCAGACAUGUCUUGAGACACUCCGGCAGAAAGUCAACAACAACACUUCUGCCGGAGGAGUAAGGUUUGGUGGGAAUGGCAUGACUGCUGCUUUUCCCCCUCUCCCCCUCCCCCCCGGUCCCGGAAGAGGAGAUGGCUGA